AUGGACGAUUUCACUGAGCAGACUCUGUGCGACUAUGAAGCUGAUCGUCAAACUCGCGAGGUCUAUCGUUACUUCCAGCUAGAAAAUCCAGUAGUCUUGAAUACCACGUGGUCCGCUGGUGAACAUUCGGUCACUUCAAUUGGUGUAUCCUCGAUCGAACGAUCUCUAGAUUUUGUGGACUCAGCUGUGGAUAAUGAGGCCUCUAAGACAGCCUCCAUUGAUAACAGCCCUCUGUACAGCCCAAAUACAACUUUGACAUCUCUGGCACAGCUAGCCGCCUUGCGCCUGAAUAAUCUUGAACCGCGACUCUCAGAAACAGUCAACAUAAGGUUAGACGAACGGGAUGGCGGAACAUAUCCUUUUCUUAUCAUAAAUGACCUUGAACGCGAGGAGCGCUUCCAGGAACUUCCCUUCGUACGAGGCGAGCCACAUUCCCGCUCUUAUACCGGCACACCCCUCACGAGCGAUAGCGACAUCAACCUGGGAUACUUGUUUAUACUGGAUCCCGAACCCCGUGAAGGACUGGAUGGUAUCGAGAAGGAUAUCCUUGGGACUGUGGCAGCGACGGUCAUGGAGUACUUACAUAUGAGUCGCCAGGCCGUUGAAGGACGCCGGGCCUUGCGGCUAUCGCAGGGCCUCCGUCAAUUUGUGGACGGAAAUUCCAGUUUCGGCCAUAAUGUUCCUGGCUCUCGGUCGCAAAGUUCAGGCUACAGCCCAGGCACACACUCACAUGCAUCACCGUAUCGUAACACGAGUAAAUCCACGAGCUCUCCAACCAGGGGCUCCAAUCCUUACACAACGGAGUUUGACAACGAUGAGACGCCCCUUAAAACCGACGACCGAAGAUCUUCGAGUCAAGUCUCAAACGAGGCGUCGGAAAUUGGCAUAUCAGGAAGUCCAGCUCCGCCUCUGGACCUCGAUGGGGCUGGGAGCGUGAUGCUUUUGGAGACUGGGGAUGAAUCGCCCGAUAGCAGCCCCCAUAACCAGUCUUCUUUUACUGAUACGAAUACCUCGGGGCCGGUUCUUGCGUUGUCUACCCGAGAGGAUCCGUUCUUAUACCAGACGGGCUCCGAGAUAUCUCACCUAGCUGUCAAAUUCGACAAUUCCUUCCUCAAUCAACUAUCUUGUCGUUAUCCCAAAGGCCGACUCUGGUCAUUCUAUUGUGACGGUAGUUUGUCUAGUUCGGAUGAAGAGCAAUCCGUUGGCGUCGCCCGUGAAUAUAAUGAAGUAUCUAGGAUCUUGGAGGCCAGCAAGCUGAAGAGCUACUUCCCUGACGCUAGUUAG